UUACGUAUGGAUUUUAUCUGCUCUUGAUUGAUAUUUGAAUUCUUCAGACAUGAGCAAUGACGACUUCAUCUCCUCAGAAGGUUGACAUAAUCCUUAUACUCCAGAAUACCUUCAAUGAACACUAAUGACAACCAGACACACAAAACUCCCAAUAAACUCUCCAACUCCUUCCAUACCAUCUUCUUUAACACUAUACUUCAACCCACAGCUAAAGCAGAUACUCACUAUCUCAUUAAAAAUACUACAAAAGUAAAAAUUCAGAGUAAAAUUCAAUAAAAAGUUUCUUUUCUCUUUUACUCUUAAAAAUUCCUAAAUUGGAUUGUUAAUCGACCCUCAUGCUUCUUAAUCCCAGUUGUCUUUAUAGUAAAUAAGGAGGUGGGAGUCUAAAUCUGAGCUGAAACCUGGCCUUGGUCUGUUUGGUAGACUUCUUGUUUAGUUUCUUUCUGUGUAGGGGGUUUUAGUCAGGUUUUAAGACUUGUUUGUGGAUGUUGUGAUAUUUUUCUCACUCUUUGCGGAUAUGUUUAGCAUAUUCAGCCAUCUCAAUCGUUCCUGUCUCAGAUGCAUGUCCAGCCUUCAGUCAGUUAGAUACCAUCAGAUUUCACAUACCUACC